AUGGUGCUGCGAUUCGGGAGGGUCACGUACACUCGGCUUGAAAGAAAUGAGCAGGAAGCUGUUUUCAAGAAGCUCUCAGCUCGUUGCCAUUCCGUGGGGAGCCUUGUUAACGAAGGAUACACGGUGGACCUUGCAAAGGGACCAGCGACCAAGCCCAGAAAACCAAGGCCAAGUCUCGCAGACUUUCGCCAGACACCGAUGUGGCAGCCUGCCAUCAAAAAGAGGCGUGCUGUUGUGAUUGACUGCGAGAUGGCAGAGGCCAUGGACGGAUCGGAUGAGUUGAUCAGUGUCUGCGCAAUCGAUUUCCUAACGGGUGAGACGUUGGUGAAUAACUUGGUCAUCCCCACACGACCAAUUAAGAACUGGAGAGAGGACAUCCACGGCAUAGAUGUUUCGAAGUUAUACGGGGCGAUAAUGGAGCAAAAGGCUCUUAGCGGCUGGGAAGCUGCUCGACAGGAGCUGUGGAGACAUAUCGAUGAGACAACAAUUCUGAUCGGGCAAACCGUAUGCUACGAUUUCGAGGCUCUCCGCCUCGUCCACACGCGCGUCGUGGACUCCGCAAUGCUCGCCGCGGAGGCCGUCUUCAACAAUUGGAUCGGGAAGAAGCCGGGCCGGAGGUGGGGACUCCAGGAGUUGUGCAAGGCUUUCCUCGGAAUCGAGAUACGCGUUGAAGGGGGAAUCCAUGACAAUUUGGAGGAUGUCUUAGCUGCUAGAGAGGUUGUGCUGCAGAUCUUGUUGAAGCCGGCGGAGUUUAAGAGAUCAGAGGCUCAAUGCUUCCUGCUCCGGUGA